AAGACGGAACCUCCUCAGUGUCGCACGUGAAGUAUGCAUAUGUAUAAAGCUCCUAACUCUCAACGGCGAAAGGCAUGUUCCUUCACGAGCCUGUAGAAACGGACUGUACACCUGUUGUCAGGUGUGAAUAGGGUAGUUUCAACAACGUACACGACCAAAGCCACAUCAUACCAACGGGGGUAGGAAAUAUAGGCAAUGCUACUCGCUAUUGAAGGUUUAUGAACAUCUGGAAUAUCGCCGACAAUAAAAACCAUGGUAACUUUCUAAUAAUCCCCAUUAAUAACCACAUGGAUCACGUUUUAUCUGGACUUAUAACCCGCUCAGGUAUGAGAACAUUCGCCUAUUAAAGAUAUACAUAGAAUUAAAAACUGAUAUAUUAGGUUAUUUCAGAAUUUUAAGCGCUUUGAUUUCUGACUUAAAGAAAUAAUAAUAAAAAAACAUUCUGUCUUUCCCUGAGCCAAAGUUUCUCUAGCAAGUCUGUCCACUGUCGGCAAUCUUUGGAACGCUCUCGGGAGGCUAUUUCCACUCAUGCCAGUGCAGCUCCUUUCUACUUGAAUGGAGAAAGACCAAAAUCUCAACAACUGAUGGCUAAAACCAUGAGCCAUUCGCCCAAGCAAGUGACAGCCAGUGAGCUCACACUAGAGAGUCAAUCUGGGGAAGCCAGAUGGAGUUCAGAGGAACAAGAGGGCCUGGAGGUGACUGGGCAAUGCAUAGCAACACCCCAGUCACCUGAAGCAUUGCUUUACACUAGUUAUAAACAGAGGAGUGAUGAGUUUCUGAAGUUUUUCAAAGAGCUGCCAGACAAUGAGAAGCUAAUAGCAGAUUACACCUGUGCUCUCCAGAAGGAUAUCUUGUUACAAGGACGCAUCUACCUUACAGAGAAUUACUUCUGUUUCUACAGUCAUGUUUUUCGUGGUACAAAAAUCACGUUAAAUAUGAAAGAUAUCACCGCAAUAUCAAGAGAGAAGACAGCGAAAUGGAUACCAAAUGCCAUCCAGAUCAAUACUUUUUCAGAGAAGCUGUUCUUCAGUUCAUUCUCAGCAAGGGAGAAAAGUUAUCUUGGUAUAUUUCAACUUUGGCAGAAUAUUCUAAUGGAGAAGAAACUGACCAAGCUUGAGUUGUUUCAAAUGGUUAAGCAGCAUUAUGGCAAUGACCUGGGGUUGAGUCAUGAUGAAAUGGAAAGCUUUCAGACACCAGCAUAUACUGUCACAGCUACCCAGCCCAGUCUGAACAUGCAUGGAGAGUAUUACACAGGGAGGCCAGAAAGGCCCACAUCACUUCGUCUUCCCCAGGGGGAGCUGAAUUCUUAUGAGGCUACGACACCACUGGCAGAUGACACACAAUCCUCAGUUGGACUGCAAAGCACAUACUCAGCUAAUGGGGACGACACUCUCAGCACCCCGUCCCGUCAGCACAGUCCAAAUCUGUCAUUGAACCGUUCAGGGUCCGAACGAGUGUCGAAACGUUCCUCUCUCUCUCUGGAUCUGAAUGCCAAUGAAGACCAGCUCUCAGAUAACAGCAGAUCUGACAGCCUGGAUGAGGUGGAGGAACAUGAGACUGUGUCUCCAGUGUCUCAGGGAAGGCUUUUUGUAAACAAGGUCUUUCACAUCAGUGCUGAGAAAAUGUUUGAACUGCUUUUCACUGAUUCAGAUUUUUUACGGAGGUUUUUGGAUAUCAGGAAGAUCACAGGUGCAAGCUCUACCUCUUGGCAAAAGGAGGUCUCUGGCUGUAUGAAAAGGACUUUGAACUACACCAUCACCAUCAAUAACCCCCUAGUCGGCAAGUUCUCCACUGCCACAGAGAACCAGACACUAUAUAAAGAAUCGAGGGAGGGUCAAUACUACAUGGUAGAUGCAGAGGUCUACACACACGAUGUUCCAUACCAUGACUACUUCUUCACUCAGAAUCGUUUCUGUAUCAUCCGUAACUCCAAGCACAAGUGCAGACUCAGGAUUUACACAGAUGUGAAGUACAAAAAGCAACCCUGGGGUCUUGUUAAGUCCUUUAUCACCAAAAACUCGUGGAGUGGCCUAGAGGACUACUUUAAGCACCUUGAGGCAGAACUUCUUGAAGAAGAGGCAGAGUUGACUCAGGGAAGUGGGGAUGCUGGGAAGACAGGUGGAUUGCGCAGGAGGCGAAGAACCUACAGUCGCACUCUACAGGAACACAUGAAGCCGGGCAAGCAGUACGGCACAGAGACAGAUCAGCAGAGAGGCGGCAGUGCCAUGGACAUGAAGAACACACAAAGAUGGAACAUCACUACCAUUGUGGUUGGGAUGAGCUUAAUUCUUUUCAUACUGGCGGUUCUGAACUUGGGGCUGUUCUUUAAACUUUGGGCAAUGGAGGAUGUCGCCCACCGUAUAUAUCUGAGCACCAAGCACAGGAUGAGAGAGAGAACAGAGUCCAGUUUGGCUCCUGACCUAGGACCAAGACAUGGACUGCCACACAGAAGUCGAGAGGAUGUACACUUACUGAGGGCAGUACUGCAGGACUCCAUUAACCUUCUUGAGCAACUACGCAGCUCUCUUUUGGUACUUCAGCAAAACGUUCAGGUCUACAACAGAACCUCUUCUCAGCUUUAAAUGCCUUUCAGUCUGGUGACCCACGAACACAAGGGUAGUUUUCCCAUAGGACCUGCUCUCGAUGUUGAGUGUUGCCAUAGGAACUGUCACCCCAGGGCAGACUCGUAGCCAUGUUCAUUGUCUCUCUGGGCCUUUUUGCUGUGGUUGGAUAUUUGUUUGUUUUUGUAUUUCAAAGUUUUUUUUUGUCUUUGAGGAGAUCUUUGCACUGGCACACUAAAUUUUGCAAGUUUCCUCUUGGAUUUGUUAACUUGUACCUGAUGACCUUGAAACCGAAAGAGAAAAGCUACAGUGUCUUUUUCUCAUUCUUCAUAGUUGGUUUUGAUUAACUGUAACACAACUGAAUUAAAAACAGCAAAAGAGCAGGUUAAAAAACAAAGCCUUCUCAUGAUCCUGUUCUAAAAUCGUGGAUGCUCAUUUGCUGGACAUAUUUUUUUCUGCACUACACAGAAGCCUUACAAAACAGUGGAUUUAAUGCAGUUGUACAAGGGUUUGGGGCAAUGCAGGCCCAUUGCCUCUGCUGAUCAAUAGCUCACAUGUUAAAGUUCUAUCUUACGUUCAUUCACUCACGUGACCUUUAUCUCUUGAUUUAAACAACAUGUUGUCUUAAGGUACCUCUAGGCAUUUGUUAACGAUUGCACCUUAAAAACUUAAUGAAAAAUGCAUUCAAUAAAAUUAUUAUUGAAAUUUGUAGAAGCUUUGUAGGUUCCAAAUUCUCAUUUUGAAAUUUUAAUAAUGUGUAACACUUCAGGUUGAUCUAAAGAGAAUAAAAUAUCUGAGAAUUAGUUUAAAUAAUGAGUGAUGAUCACUUUAUAAUGUCUUGCAUAUAGACUGUUUACACUUGGCUUUAAUACCACUUUUGGCUGUACAAUGGCUUUUAGGGACUGUAUUGUCACUGUUGAUGAAGUAUGUUUGUGACACAUCCAUGUAAAUUCUUUACAGUGGGGGAAAAAUACUCAUGUGGUACUUCAUAAGAGAAAGUAAAAUGUUUUUAAAUUUUCACAGGAAACAAUGUAACAGAAAUUGAUGUAUAUAAAUCUUUAUUUUUUGUAUAGAUUAAAAAUUAUUCUGUAAUCUUUUAUUACUUUUCUUCUGAGACUAUUUAUUAAUAAAACCCUGUCAUGGCAUUACAACA